ACAGUUAAAGCUAUUCACGAAAAUGUCCUUGCUCUUAUAAGAAAGAUACAAGGCAUCUUUUCCCAAGAAAGCAAUUGGAUCUUAAGCCACUUUCCUAGGGAGCAAAAUCAACAAAUUGGCUUUUGGAGAAAAGAAAAAAAAAAAGUAGAUAAAAUUUAGUACUUUUAUUAUCUUUUCUUUAAUAAGAAAAAAAUAUUUCCUCAAAAAAUUGCUUUUUUUCCUUUUGCUUUUAAUCGAUAAUGAGCAAUAAAAGAGCAAGGAUCAGCUUAGACAAGGCGGUGGUUGAUGUUUGGCAACGUGAAGUAGGGGAAAUCUCGGCUAGGAAUUUCGUCAAACGCCUUGCUGCUUCUGAGGAUCUUGUGCUCCGGCUUGACAUUUACAAGAAACUUGACAAGCACCAAGGUUGUGUCAACACUGUGAGCUUUAAUGCUGAUGGCAAUGUUUUAGUCUCAGGCUCCGAUGACACGCAGGUUAUUUUAUGGGAUUGGGAAACCGGGCAUACCAAGCUUUCUUUCCUGUCAGGUCAUCUCAACGAUGUUUUGCAAGCAAAAUUCAUGCCUUACACGGAUGAUCGCAGCUUGGUUACCUGUGCUGCAGAUGGGGAGGUUCGACAUGCUCAAAUUUUGGAACGUGGAGUCGAAACUAGGGUGCUGGCUCAACAUCAGGGACAAGCUUAUAAAUUGGCCAUCGAACCAGGAAGCCCUCAUAUAUUUUAUACUUGCGGCGAAGACGGAUUAGUGCAGCAUAUCGAUCUCCGAACUGCAACAGCUACCGAACUUUUCAUAUGCUGUCCAAUUGAUGAUAGCAGGGUUUACACGCGAGUUAUCAACCUCAAUGCUAUCACGAUUAAUCCAAGGAACCCAAAUCUCUUUGCAGUUGGAGGAUCCGAUGAGUAUACUCGCCUUUAUGAUCUACGUAAAUAUAAGUCGGAUGGCUCAACUGAUUUUGGUCUACCUUUUGAUCGUUUUUGUCCUCGGCAUUUGAUCGGUGAGUAUCAAGUUGGAAUAACAGGCUUGGCCUUUUCAGAUCAGAGCGAGCUUCUAGUUUCCUACAAUAACGAGUUCAUCUAUCUCUUUAUGCGAGAUAUGGGAUUGGAGCAAAAUCCAGUCCCAUCAUCUUCGUCUGCAUGUAGUGAAGCAAGUGAAAUAGAACUUGCUGCUAUGGAUGCUGAUCCGCAAGUUUAUAAGGGACAUAGAAACUGUCAGACAGUGAAAGGUGUGAACUUCUUUGGACCAAAAUCCGAGUAUGUGGUUAGUGGAUCAGACUGUGGCCGAAUAUUUAUUUGGAAGAAGAAAGGCGGAGAGCUAGUUCGUGUUAUGGAAGCAGAUAAGCAUGUGGUCAACUGUAUCGAAUCUCAUCCUCAUACCACAGUUCUUGCUAGCUGUGGAAUCGAGCGUGAUAUCAAAAUAUGGACUCCGAAGGCCAUCGAAAAAGCUGUUCUUCCGACAAACAUCGGACAGGUUCGAAAACGAGCUUCCCGUCGUUUGUUCUCCUUAGAUUGGUCAAACGGUGAAGAAGAUGAUGAUGAUGAUGAUGACGACGAUGACGAUGAUCUUUUUAAAGCUAUUGAUGAUGAUGGUGAUGACGACAAUGUGGACAAUGAUGCGCCAGUUGCAGAGUUGUCAAUUCUGCCCCGAAAUCGAAACGUCAACUCGACCCUGACCUGGUCUGAUGAUCUCUCAGCUAUUACUUCUUUGCAAAAGGUUCGAAAACGAGCUUCCUGUUGUUUGUUCUCCUUAGAUUGGUCGAACGGUGAAGAAGAAGAUGAUGAUGACGACGACGAUGAUCAUCUUUGUAAAGCUAUUGAUGAUGAUGGUGAUGACGACAAUGAGGACAAUGAUGCGCCAGUGGCAGAGUUGUCAAUUCUGCCCCGAAAUCGAAAACUCAACUUGAACCUGACCUGGUCCAAUGAUGAUAAUGACGGUGAUGAUGACAAUGAUGGCGAUGAUAGCAAUGACGAUGCACAAAGUAAUCUUUCCAGUUAUAAUGAUGCUAAUGAUUAAUGAUGAUUGUAAUUUUGCAUUUUCAGUCUCCAGUUGAAAUCGAAAUCUAGUGGCCGGGUGAACCGAAUAACUUCACUCCAAGACCUGAUGUUGCAGUUACUUUCAUGGCAAUCCGAAAGGCAAGAACUUAUGGAUCUAAUGUUGACUUUCAACAUCAACAGUGAUGCUUCUUCGGACAAUGGAGGAAAUGUCUCCGGUCCGGAGGACUUAUUUAGUUGAAUCAUAAUGCGGUAGCAACCUGUUUCGUAACUAUACUUGUACAUAACAAACAGCUUUUACGUUCAACAUUAGGGUUUUCGUAUUCGAGUUUUUUCCUCGUGUAUUUACAUAUUUAUGUAAAGGAAUAAUACAUUUUUCUAUAGCUUUCUCCUGUCUAAACCUCCAAACUAUUGCUGCAGUUUUCAUCCCUUGAAUUCGAAGGAGUCUUCCCUAUUG